UUAAAGAAUAUCAUUUCCUUUGCAUCAAGCCCUCUCAAAUCCAUUGCUUCUUUUGCUCUAGGAAUUCAAAAAUGAAGUAAAACAUAUUCUCCUAGGUGUCAUCCAUGUCCAAAAGUGGGGGAUCUUGGUCCACAAUUCAAGCAUUAAUACUCGGAAGAGAGUUUUAGUUUAUUAGAUACCAUUCCCUUCCCAAAGGUUAAAUUAUUUCAAGAAGGUGACCCACAUGCUUAAGUUCAAAGCACACAAGUAAACCAGCUCCAAGUUUAGAAGUUAAGUAAGAGACCUGUAAUUAUAUAUCACAAAGAGAUUGAGAGAUUUUUUUAUGAACCAGAGAUCAAGCAAUGCUUUGCCAGGAAUAUCUUGUACAACUUGCCUUGUUUUACUCCCAUCCUCGUCCAACCAUCCUUUUAUAAACUUAUAGCGACCUUGUGAACCAUGCCCACACCUUUAGGAAGGACCAUAAACUCUUUCUUUUCCACCAUUGAGCAUUGUUUCACUAUCAAACCCUCUAAACACCACCCUACCACCAGCUACAUCAACUAUUAUCAAAGAAGCAGCUUCGACAUGCCUAAAGGACGUCCUCUCUCUUUGCAGACCACUGUCCUCAAAGUGAGGAUGUGUUGUGCUGGCUGCGAAAGGGUUGUCAAGAACGCAAUACUCCAUCUCCGAGGUGUUGAUUCUGUGGAAGUAGACCUGGCCAUGGAGAAAGUGACCGUGACCGGAUACAUAGAUAGGAACAAGAUAUUGAAGGCGGUGCGCCGGAGUGGCAAGAAGGCUGAGUUCUGGCCAAACCCUGACAUUCCACUCUACUUCACCUCAGCCAAAAACUACUGGAGAGAUGAGGAAUCAUUCAGAGAGAGUUAUAACUACUAUAGGCAUGGUUACAAUGGUGACAAGCAUGGUAACGUGCCAGUGCCACACCGUGGUGAAGACCCUGUUAGUAAUAUGUUUAAUGAUGAUGAUGUGAAUGCUUGCAGUGUUAUGUGAGUAUAAAAAUAAGUUGAAUUAAGAUGACAAGAAGCUGAAACAAGUUCAUGGGGGUUGUGAAGAAUGCAAUAUGCAUGGUUGCAACUUGCAAGCAGGGUUUAAUUAUGACAUGGGAUGUUGUUAUGUGUGUAUCUUUUCAGGAGUGUUGUUUCAUUCAUGUUAGGGAAUUAUGGUAGCUGCAGUGCAUGUUUAAAAGAUGAGGACAAGUGUUGUAAUGGAGUCAGGGUCCACUCUAUUAAAGAGUCCUGGUCAUUAAUAAGUUUUUAUAUGGUGAAUAGUUAAUUGUGUACUCUGUUCAACAGCCUUUUGAACACCUUUAAUAGUACCAUUAUGAAGACUGAAAUGCAGAGCUGCUUUAUUUUA